AUGAGAACGCACGAUGACUUGAUGCGCGAUAUAGCCAACAACAGCACUGGAUUGGUGGGCACGCGCCGGAGAGAAGUGGACGAUGAGCACGAAGACGACGAGCAACGGCACAAGAAAACCCGCAUCGUCCACCCGUCCCAGCGCAUCUGCUACGACUGGAUGGUGGUCUCGGGGAACUGUCACUAUGCGCGCGAUGCCGCCUCGUUUUCCACCUAUCGCCCCGCGCACGCGACACUCCAGCACAAUGUCUUCAAUCCCCAGGACGAGCUGCAGGUUGCCGGGAUAGGGACCGUACAUGUCACGGUGACUCGGGGGCGCAACGAUCCCACCGCGCAUGUGCUCGUGCUCGAAGGCGUGCUGCACAUCCCCGAAGCGGUCUGCAAUGGGUUCAAUCCCUUACUGGUUGGGAGCAGCAUGUCCUGCCACCAGGCGCUCUGGGAGGGAGCCGAUGCGACGGGCCAACCGAUGUGGUACGGCUUGCCCUUUGCUGGGGGGACGCGGUUGGUGUUGGCUGGGAAUCCGAGGGGAGACUCCGAGUUGAUCGAGGGACGAUACUAUACGCUGAGCCUGUACGUCAGCCCGGAGGAAAGGGCAGAUAUCAUCAAGAGUACAGGGGGCUAG